GCAGGAGGGAAACGGUGUCGACACUCAGGCGGUGCGAGCUUUUGGUUUUGAGAAAGGCAGACUACGAGGCAGCUCUAAAGACAGACAUAACUGAAGAAGUGCGAGAUAACUUCAAGGCGUUGCAAAAUGUAAACGUCCUGCAAAAGAUUGCAAAGGGUGGCAUGUAUCGUCUAGCAAGCCUCUUGACGUCUCGGAGCUAUCCGAAAAACAGAGGCAAAACCAAAUGAACACAGUUUAUGGAUUGAUUUUUUGCAGUCAUAACUUUCCAGGGCGACGAAGCUCGUGAGAUGUACUUCAUCAAGAGCGGAGAGUGCCGUGUUGUUAUGCAUGUUGCGACUCCAGGCGAUGCGUCUCCUCGUUCUCUUCCUCGAGCUGCCUCAAGUUUAUGCCAGUACAGGCCUACCACGCACGAUCAUUGCAAACAAAAAGUGAAGGAGCUCCAAAAACACUGGGGACAUCCACAUUUUAUGACUCGGCCAUUGUCUUGCCCGACAAGUCGAAGCCAGUCCGUUCCUCCAAUUUCGUUUAGUCCACCAGUGAUCUACGAGUAUGAGUCGAGCAACAUGGCCUCCACAAAACCAGUUGCCGUGACGGUUCAGGGAAGGCCUUCGUCAGCACCGGAGGCACGAGUUACUUUCAAAGACACCAGUGCCGAGAGCAAGCUUUUGUCGGCUCCAAGGGAUUUUGACGUAUCCAGCAGGCGUGAAGCCACACCAGAACAGGAUGUUGUAGGGCGCAGUGUCUCAGCACAGGGACACCAGCGUCAAAGUCGGCUAAAGAGCGAGAAGCAGCAAAUGCAUCCGAGGCAGAAGAAGGCGCUACCUUUUCUUCCAAGCACCAUCAAGCAGUCAUACUUGGAACAGGAACAGGAGAAUGCUCAGGAAACUUCUGGCCGUUUGAAGUCCAUCAGGUUCUCACGCAAAUCUAGGCCGCUGUCUCAAAUGUCACUGCGGUCUUAUAAGUCUAGGAAGGGGAGUAAAGAAGGCCAGACCAACACGGAAUACUCCUUAGAGUCCCUUCUCAAGGAGAUCAAUCACAAGUUUAGUGAUGAGUCCAUCCAGGACCUGGAGUUUUCGGACAAGGAGGCCAUGCUAUGGGGAAUGGGAACGGCAGACACUGGUUUGCUGCGUGGAGACGUGAGCGACCCUAUGAAUUACCAGAAUAAGUUUGAGGUGUGGGUAAGAACAGUGAUAUCCAGAGAGAAGAAGUUGCGGGCAAUCGAAGAAAACUCGGAAGAUGGACUGUCGGCGAGUUUUCGGUCUAGUGAGAACACUGGGACCGAGACUGAGAUCGAUAAACUCUUCAAGACGGGAACGAUAUUGGAUGUAGGUGGACUUCACGCUGGAGAGUACUUCGGAGAGGCUGGUCUUCUAAGCAAAGCUACAAGGGCGGCCAGCAUUCUUAGUGUUACAGACGUGGAGGUUUUGGUUCUCACAAACUCGGAUUUUAGUCGUCGCUUGGACCAAGACAUCAUUGAUUGUCUCUGUGCGGCCAACUACAAGAAGGCCAGCUUUAUGCUUGAACAAUUCUAUAAAACGCAUCGGUGGGAGUUGGUUAAGAAAAGAGUAAUGAAAGAUGCGCUCAUGGGAAAAAAGGAAAGGUUUCCAAAUCGUUUCUACCACGACAUGAGCGACGCGAUUCGAAGAAAGGGCAUGAGAAUCGAGUAGUUCUUGAUUUUUUGGAAACUCAGUGGUGCUGGUCCUUUUAAUUUUUUUUUUAUGUUUAUAAAGGUCGUUGACCGUAUGGUUGACCAGGUCAA